AUGGCUGAUGCAAAUUUACCUUUCCAAAAAGUGUUGUCGGAUGAAGAGUCGAGGAGUCUACAAACAGUUGAUGUUUAUAUAUCGGACAUAGAACCGAAAGAGACGGGUCGCGUUCUAAAAUUCAUGCAGAACCAUUGCCCACAAUCCAAGGCCUUGGAUCAUGUUAAAAGAGUAAGAAAAACUUGUCAUGAUGAAGUUGAUAAUUUAAACUUAUUGAUUCAACAACACAACCUUGAAUCAAUAAUUAUCCCUCGGAUUCAUCAAAUACCAAAAUACCCUGCGGUCUCAAGAACUCAAUUUGAAGAAUGGAAAAAAUUAUGGCCAAUCAACUUUCACGAGAAUUCGAGGGAUUCCAAUUUCACUUUGGAUGAAAUUGCUGCUCUCAAAUAUUACAUGACUAGAGCCGUCAAAUUGGCGGAGAUUGCAAAAUCUAGGGGUGAGGUGCCCGUUGGUUGUCUAAUAGUUGAUCCCCAAAGUUCAAGUAUCCUAUGUGAGGCGAAUGAUACGAGGAUAUUAACGGGGAACCCACUUCGACAUGCUGUUCUGAAUUGUAUAAAUGCCUUAGCAUUUUCUAAAAAACCGAAUAACGACGAGAAAAACGCGAAUGAUACCUUAUUACCGCAGAAGAGAAAGUCUGAGAUGGAUGAUGACCAGCUAAUGCAGUCUGAGUACAUUUCAUUGGUGUCAACCCCUGAAACAUCUGAUGAAAUAGAAAACAAAGCUGCCUAUUUAUGCAAAGGAUAUGAUAUAUUUAUUACUCAUGAACCUUGUGUUCUAUGGCUUUGGUGCAUUCAAGGAUUGGUCGAGUAUUUUACGGAAGGUCGAAUAACACCUCAGGAGGUUUAG